AUGAUAUCAGCUACUACCUCCCCAAGACCAUUGGAGGCGACGGCAAAGUGUGCCUACUCAACAACACCAACGGCGGCAGAUCCUUAUGCAUAUCAGGUGGGAUUUGGAAACCGGUUCGCAACCGAAGCAAUCCCUGGAGUUCUUCCAAAUGCGAGAAACACGCCACAAAGAUGCAAAUAUGACCUUUUCUCUGAGCAGCUAAAUGGAACGCCUUUUGUGUCAGCACGGGCGUCGCAAUUGCAUGCUUGGUUUUACCGGAUACGACCCUCGGUCGCCCAUCGACCGAUGAAGAAAUACCGGCAGAGACACGAUGAUCUCCAGGCAUGCUUUUCAACGUCAAAUGACAAAGCUCAAUUUCUACCACAAGAUCAGUCCUGGGACUCAUUUCCCUUACCCAACGAUUCUGAGUCGGUCGAUUUCGUUGAAGGGAUCAAAACCAUUGGUGGUCAUGGAGACCCUGUGCUGAAAGAAGGUCUCGCGGUCCACGUCUACACCGCCAACCGGUCCAUGGACAGGACAGCCUUUUGCAACAACGAUGGAGACUUUCUCAUCCUGCCCCAGCAAGGACGCCUUGAUAUCCAGACGGAGUCUGGCCAUCUCAUGGUCCAGCCAGGUGAGCUGGCUGUGAUUCAGGCAGGCAUCAGAUUCCGUGUCAGGUUACCUGACGGACCGGUUCGAGGAUACAUCCAAGAGAUCUUCGGUAGUCAUUACGAACUUCCAGAGCUAGGCCCUAUCGGAUCCAAUGGUAUGGCUUCACCACGAGAUUUCGAGCAUCCACUGGCCAGCUUCGAGGUGGAUGUCGACCCAUCAGCCCCCUGGACAGUGAUUUGCAAGCUUGCCGGCCAGCUAUUCGAGUACGAGCAAGAUCAUACGCCCUUUGAUGUGGUGGCAUGGCACGGCAAUUACGUGCCGUACAAGUACGCUCUGGAGAAGUUCAUCAAUUCAGCAACAGUGGACAAGGAGCAGAGUGAUCCGUCCAUAUACUGCGUGUUGAUGGCACGAUCGAAAGUUCCCGGAGUCGCGCUCUCCGAGUUCCUUGUCUUCACCCCGAAAUGGAGUGUGACCAGUAACACGUUUCGUCCUCCAUAUUAUCACCGCAAUGUGGCCACCGAGCUCAUGGGCAUGAUAUACGGAGUCUGGUCCGGGUCUGCCACGACGUUGGUACCUGGUGGGCUGACAUAUGAAGCCAGUUUUAUGCCACACGGAGAGUCUUAUGAGAGAUGGAAAGAUGCAACAACGGUCGACUUGCAGCCACAGCGUAUCAACGAGGAUGCGAUGGCCUUCAUGUUCCAUAUAUCAGGCCAUAUCUCAUUGACGGACUACGCGCUGGAGAGAACCGGAGUUCUGCACGAUCUGCAACCGGCCUUUUGGGAUGGAUUUGAAGGUGGUUUCUUGAACCACCUGGACCAAGUGAGCAAGGAUCUUGCCGCCGCAGGGCAGCCACAGCUGGUGGCGGGCUCAUCAAACACCAGAGCGGUCAAAGGGAUCAACGGUCAUGUUCCAAAUGGCCAUGGGCAUCAUUAG